GUACAUUGCUCUUCAGCUGUUCAAAAUGAAAAGUAAUUUUUCCUCGAUUUCUCUGCCUGUAUUAUUCUCUCAUCGGAUUUCAUGAUCUGAGUUAGUCUGAAAUGGAUCAGGAAGCAACUACCGAGCCUGAGGAGAGUCCAGUCGCGCCGGCGCCGGCGGUGGAUCUGGGCGAGGCCGGAGAUCUCUACAUUUUGAUGAAGAGGGAGUAUCGGAUAUCAAGAAAUAUUAGAGCGUCAUGGUUUUUCAACCACCUCAACACCAAUGUUGAAUAUGUCCCGAAGGAAAAUCUGGAUGACUUCACUGAAGAACUAGGAAUCGUAUCGGUUGUGCCAAAAGAUUUGACAAAAGUAAUCCCAGCGAAUGCAUCGAAGAUGAUAUUCCGUCUGACACCGAGCAGCAGAAUCACAUUUCUUGCCCGCCGAUAUCGAUUGGUGUUCACGCUUGAUUUGAGUCCCACUGCCGCCUCAGUUGACAUUCAUUCUGGCCAAGUUCUCUACGACAAAGCAUUUCAGUCAUUGAAGACAACCCUUAAAGCCCUCAUUAGACCAUUCCAUGUUCCUAACAGUAAACUACUCUUUGCCCCUCAGUUGUAUGUGACGGUGAUUGCAUACACGCCUAUUGUAUGCUGUCAGCUUCAUCAGAUUUUGGUACAGGGUUACGCAGUGACGCCCGACAAUGUUGAAAGUUUCCUUGAACAAAUUCAUAUCCAACUCAUGGACUUUGAAAGCUGCAAUGCCGUCAGUUUCUCGGACAUGAAAGACCAUGAGGCAGAUACAGACAGUGAUGAUAUUGGCCUAACAGGAGGCCUGUUCGAUGACAUCAUAGAGAGACCAGAGUCACCUGCUGCUCAAAAAGUCCACAUGGUCACACCCGAUGCUGGCUUUGUAAACAUGCUCAGAUAUGGCAUCCUGGCCUUACAGUUGUUACCUGAGAAUACAUCGGCUGGCAUAAUACUUAUAACUGACGGUGUGAUAGGCCUACCCGACAUGACCGUUUUGGAUGCCCUACUGAGUCAGCUGAGGAACAGCACCGUGGCGUGUUCGUUCAUCGAUAUCGGUGGCCAGAGUCAGAGUAACAGCAGCUUUGGCUACAUCCCGUACACAGAACUCAUGCAGUUCAUUGCGACGGCUACCUUCGGGGCUUAUUUGGCUGCAACUCCCUGUGUGGAUGAGUCCUCCUGCGGGAUGAACGUGUACCACCAGGCCCUGUUCACUUGGAGUUUCCAGAAAGGCCUAGAGGGAUUCAAGAUAGACAAUCUAGACGAUACAUGCUGUGAUGAUUUUAUGGAUGAUCAGGAUUUAGCCUGGACACAUAGGACUCAGACACUCCCGGGCGGCGGCAAACAAAUCUGUGAUACUCCUCUCUUGAGGAAGAAACAUAUUGAGUACAACUACAAUGUCUCCAUCUUCAACUUGAUGUCGGUGCGGCUUAGGGAGGGAUAUACAAUCAAGGAUGUCAAUGUUGGCAAAGGUGAGACGCAGCUCGAAGUUAAAAUGGUGCUGCCCUGGUCCCACGAUGUCAAGAUCGAGUACAUCGCACGAUCGUCAUGGCCAAUUUCUACAAAGCAUCAAACGCAUAUAGAAGUGCUGAUGGAAGCGACUUAUGAGUUCCUUCAUGAUGUGACUUGUCCCCGUAAGAUCCCAUUCAAAAGUCUCUACAGGGCGGCCGUGGUUAAUCGAUUCUGGCAAUCAAUAAGCGGUCUGUCUCAAACAGACCAGCUCCUAGUCCACCUGCAGUCUUUUCCCCUAAGCAUCUCAAACUACAACAUACCCGAGAGUAUCAAGAACGGAAUGCCGCUGUUCUACUUGCCACCUAACUCCAAGGAACUGCAACUCUCCAUUCAGAUUAGUACAAAGGACAAUGUCCUGUCACAGUUCGCCUCCUAUUGGAAACCGAUCGUCAUGCUGGACAUCAACAUCUGGCAAAAGUGGAUGCACACACAUCGCAUCGGAAUCAUCUUGGAACACGACAUGCCCAUGCCGAAGUAUUUGCAUAUUCCGAACUCGAGCGGCCGAUUUAAUACGAUUCAAUGUCGGCAGGCUAUCACAUCGCUGAACGAGCUGCUGAGAGAAUGGACCACGUUCGUCCUGAUGGAGAACCAUUCAUAUGUAAAGUACCUCUAUGAUGACGCGGAUAAACCUCCUACAUCAUUUUUCUUGGUGCGAGUGACAUCGAAACCUCCAUGCAUGGUGCUGAGGUUGGCAUUCCUGGGAGGCACUCCUGGGUAUGAACGUAACCAGAUUGUGAAUGAACUUGUAUCAAAAAUCUUGAGUCUGAACUUCCCCAAAAGAGGUCCCUCCAAGGAUGACAAGUCGAAGAUAUUAUUGGCGCGGCGUAAAUCUGUGGCGACAAAAGAUGGUGACGUGGUCCUGCAUAAACCUCCGCUGCAGAGGGCUUGGUCCGAAAUAUGCUGCUGUAUCAUUCUGGGGAAGCCAGUGGAGAAGUUACUGAUUAGAUACGAGAACAAGCCAAAUGAUUUCAUGGCCUUUGAAACGCCCAAGGCCGACCAUCCGUCAAGCCGUCUCAUCUCCCACAGUACUCAAGCAAGUCAGCAGGCAUUUAGUAUGUUCACCGCCCUGUCGCGAUAUCAGCAUCACCAGCGAUGGGUGUGGUCAGUCCAGAAUGGUACCUCCAUGCCGAUCAGUAUGCAAAAUAUUGGACGAGUCCUCUCGACUCUGGUAAAGAUGCGUCUGCAGGAAGGUUUCCACUUUGCUCACACCUCCUCAGGGAUCAUCAACAUGGUAGUGGAGAUUGACAUGAAGAACCAUGGCCACGACUCUGCAGACUGCCCCGAGAGCUGCCAGUCAGAGGAUGGUGAGGCAGAGGAGGAGACCCACGGAUGUGUUGUCCAGUACAUCAUCUUCCCGCCCCACGUCACCACUCACCAGAGAGAAAGUAUAUCGGAGGAUGAGCUCCUUGAUGACAACUUCGAAACGACCGAGGCGGACGGGGAACUGCAGAUUGUGACGGAGUGUUGGAUUGAGCCGCAGUAUGGCAUUGUCACCAACAGCACGCCUGAGAGGUCGUACCUUGAGGGAUUAAGAUACUGGGAGAUUCCCUAUGCGAUUUUCCCCAAAGAUUUGGAAUGCAUCUCAAACUUGGUCACGUUUCAACAUCUAGCUUUGGUGUCAGAGAGUCUGAACAUUGAUUCACCCACCGGAGCUAAACGUCCCAUUAGGACGCCAAGCGUGCAGACAAACACCACGAACACGUUGCCAAAUGUCCACGAGUCGACCAUUAACUACAUCCCAUUCACCUUCGACCUGGCCGGGGUGUUACCAAAGUGCCAACAGAUCGAGAUGUUGUUCUCAACUUAUUUACAAGAUACAUACCUGUCGCCUCGAUCGCCCAAGUCACCAAGAUCGCCGAGGAACCGGAGCCUGGAGGCAGCGUCUUCCAACAACACUCUCUUCGAUCUCCUCUUGGAAAAAAUCGAGGGCAUGAACGACAAGGAGCUCACCCUCUCAGAUCUGGAAUGCGGUCAGUUCCUGUUGAUGCUCGUGGAUAGGGAAAGAAAUCCAAAUGAGGCACCCUUGCCAUUUUCAUUGCCGCCCGAUUUCCGCCAGAAAAUCGCGUUAAAAAUUCAACAGCACAGCACAGAAGAGACUAUGCCAUUCUUGCCAAAGCGCCACGGCAGUAUUAUGAGUAAUGAUACGUUGUAUAGCCUCGGCAGUAUGCAGUCUUUGCUGCAGUCAUGUCCGAGUGCCUCGCAUACCUGCAUGCAGUUUAGUAAGAUGUACGAACGUCAGACGACGCAGCAGAGUGAUUGCACAGACUCCUUGUCGCUCUCUGGCCGUAUGGAGAGUGGAAAAAAGAAGAAACCUUUCGCAAGGUGGCGCUGCUACAUCCGCAUGGUGUCAGAGACGAACCUGAUUUUGACGUUCUUGCCUGCGACAUAUGGCGACCUCCAGAUACUGAUGCAAGGCGAUGCGGAGGAGAAAGAAGUGAAAAAAGCAAAGAAAGAGGAUGGGAAGUCGUCAUCGGAGGUGGACAACAAAAAGGAUAAAUCUGCCGGCGAGCCGAAAGAUCUCGGUGUUCCUUCGACGCCGUUGCCGUCCAAGGAUGAAGGUGCAAUCAGGCUGGACUCCAGUCAGGAAUCGCGCGUUGGGGACUACAAGAAAGCACUCCACGCCCUCGAGAAGGAAGUAUUCUCAGAAUCUAGUAUUCAGUCGGUCGAAUCUCCAAAGGAGGAAUCGGGCGGUGAACAAAAACGGGUUGAAAUCGGUGGCACGAAAAUUGACAGGUUACGAUUGUCGGACAUUUCGAUGAAUCUACGUGAGGCUAAGAAAGGAUUGGUGCUCCCUCUUUACGUGUACAACAUGUCUGUAAAUAAACUCGUCAAACAGUUAGAAAAUCGCUGGACGGAGCCGAUGUGUCCCGAUUUAUUUGAGGAUUACACGUUUCAGGAGAGCUUGCAUGAUCAUGUGUUUGCACAGGAAGAGGACGACCAGGACAACGUGAGUGAGUCGAGUAGUGAAAGGUGGCGCCGAUCUCCUGAGCGGUCGUCGGCUGAAGACGCGCCGAAUACGAAAAACACAGACAUAAAGCAGCACUGUAUGGUCGUCUCUGAUGCCUACUUGAGAUGUUUUGUUAUGGGUGUAUUCAAGAGUCUUCAGCUCGGUCAGAAAGUCGAGUACCAGGACGUUGAGAGCGCCAUCAACCGCAUAUGUGAGGAACUACUCCCAUUAGAGAUUGAUAUCACCAAGUUUCUUGAGACAGUUUGCGGUCAUAUCCGCCUGUACCAGGAUCAGGUCCGGAUGGAGGCCUUGGAUAGUGAACAUUACUUCGUUCCUAAUCAGCCGAGUAACAUCUUGGACGAUUCGGACAACAAAAGCGUUUCAAGUGAAUCUGACGUCACCCAGCAGUCCUCAGAAGUAACCUCCCCGUCAGGUACCAAGCACACAAGCUUCAAAUUCCCACUCGCCUUCCUGCAGAAUUCACGCUGUGAGGCCAAGAAAGGGAUGCAUACAUCGAUUAAGAACAAAUUCACGGACAUCCUGAAGAAAUGUUUCAAGCCGGUUACUCCUUACUCUGAUUACUUCUUCUAUUGCCCACAGAAUUAUCAACAUAUCAUUGAGGAACCAGAUACGUCCAAGCCAACUGAAGAUGGUCGACAGUUGGACAACAGCAUAGACAUCCGAGGCAUCACCACGGAGGAAAGCGACUUCUUUGUGACCGAUAACGACGACAAUGACACUAAGGCAAGCGACAAGGACUCGGUUAAGUCAAACCUGGACAGCGAGAGCUUGAGCUCCAUCCUCCGAGAGGACCUCGAUUCGAACCUGAGUCAGGAUGAUAAAGAUGAGAUGUCUCCGCUGUUCGUCCAUCUGACUUGUUCGUUGUCGUUUCGGAGCAAGACGGGGAUAUUACGAAGCGUGCCUGUGAAGAGUCUGCCAGUGUGUUUGUGUGAGCUACAGGAAUGCCUAGAAGGUUUCGACGAAUAUCUUGACCUGGGUGACCUGCACCUGACAAUUGACAUCAUCUGCCUCACGUUACCUCAAGAUCAAGAACUCAGCCUUCAUUGGCGACCGACGUUCAACCGCCUCGUGUCGUACGAGGGGAAUUCUCCGGCCAUUUCGGAAUGUGGCCAGGACAAUGAUGAGUACAUGAGUACUGUGGCAUCUACAACUGAGGCUGGGUUAAAUCAAGACCAGACUGGGAAUCCUUUGAAGAAUCUGCCGAGCUUCCAACAUGAGAAUGUUGCUACAUGUAUAGAACAGAUCCAGUGGUUACUGAAGGAUGAGAUUGCCUCAGCGCUGCACUAUGUUCAGCCAGUCACAAGCGAGAUGCUCAGCUUUGUUGCUGAGCAUGUGUCGGAGUCUAAAGACAAAGAGAACUGUACCUGUGAGGAGCUGCCUCUGCAGUUCGUCUAUGGACCAGAUCAGAGCAUGCCAAAGUUUUUUGAGGAAUUUGAGAAGAUGAACGUUCCUGGCUACCACUUGAGUAAAGAAGGCAACUUUUACUACCUGGUGCUGGAUAAACGUCAUCUCAACACCUUAUUCAACGCAAAAGCCAUCCACUCGGCCCUGAUUGAGCUGAGCCAGGAGGAGGAGGAACCGCAGCCCAACACGAUGUGGUAUGUUGGGACGGACGAUGCUGUCGGCUCACCAAUGGAGCUGCCAAAAGACGGACUGGAUGGGAAGAAUGAGGACGUGGUGAUUCCGGGCGUCUCGGUGACUCGACCCAGUCCAAUCAGGGAGCAGGUCAUCCUCCAGCAGCAAGAGCAGGCGGCUCUAUCGCGUGGUAUCAGCGAGUCGUUCAUCAGGGGUCUCGACGACGAGUACAAGCUGGAGGAGAAGGCGUGGGACGGAGCGGCACCGGGUACCACGGUGGAAAGGGAGGUCGGCGCGGUCACCUUUCGGGACGACGAUAGUAUCAAGGUUAUUUCCGAGAAGGGCAGUGUCUCUAGUGAAACGGAGGAACAGCGGAAAAUAUCAGAGGUGCAACCGCUUGAGUUAGGCGUUGCGGGCAAGUCACGCCGGAAGACGCCACCUGAGAGAUUACAAGAGGUGGAAGAGUUGUCUUCGUCGGCCGAGCGACGACGUAAACUUGGGGUCGGGUCUGUAGGUCGGCGCGCCAGUAUGCCGCCUGUGUUGACUCGUAGCACUGGUGCUAGUACUCCAGGUGAAGGAGUCGUGACGUCUGCUCCUAUUGUCCCUGUCAAGAGUAUAUCCAGUGACUCGCUUCAUGAAGAUACGGAUGUCGCAAAGAUCAUUGCAUCUGCGCCAACUUUGGCCGAAAUGCGCAGAUCAAGUACGCCGAUUGAUGAGAAGAUGAGCAGUAAGCCGCGACGACCGACAGAUUUGGCGAAAGUCAAGGCUCGUAGCCCUGCUGAUACCAGAACGCCGCAGUCGCCGAUUUCUACGGACAGUCCGAGAAGUCGGCAUUCGUCUGGUGAUAUUUAUGAUCGUGAGGUCAAGAGAGUGACAUCGCAUGCCGAUGGAAGUUUACAUUUUCCGGAGCAGGUUGUCACCAGCUCACCGGUACUUUCUGAAGGUACUACUCGACAGUCGCGACGUUUGGACGGUGAUCCCAGCAGCAGACAUCCUUCAGGUAGUGGCAGGUCGAAGCAUUCUUCGGGGGAAACGCAAAGUACGCGGUCUAAACAUCCAUCGGGGAGUUCGCAGACGUCAAGCAGGCAUCCGUCUGCUCCAGAGACCCCGAGGCUCAUGUCUGGAACUCUGGACACAAGCAGUCAGGGAAGCUACACAGAGGAAGGGAGUAUUUCUCCUCCAAUGUGGGACGAGAAUUUUGUGCGCUGCUAUGGUUAUGAGGGCGACUCUAGUGGGGAUGACUUGGAAGAUGCGCUGCUUCCAGUCAUUGACUCGUUGAUCCCUCGACAGAAUCUUCUCACAUUCUGGCUCGUCAUGGAGAUACAUAAAGAUAAAGUGGAUAUAUUCUAUCAUACCAGAUAUCGUCAACCAGAGGAAAGCACAACUAAUGAACAACACGAGGAGCAAAUGCUCUACCGGAAGAUCUUGACGAAUGUCCAAGAGAUCUGCCGCGUCGUCAACCAGAUGCUUUUAUUAGAAGACCUGCAGAAUACGCGGAUGUGUAACGCAUUGCUCAUAGAAGAUGUGAGCUGGAAAGAAGAUGUCAUAUUCGCUGGCGCUAAUCCUUUAAGACGAUCUGCAGACUCUGAUGAAGAUGAUGAGAUGCAACCUCAGAACAGCUAUCUGGCGGCCUCCAUGCAGUUUAUGCCCGGCCACUUUGCAUGUCAGUGCGUCUGGGAGUACCACUUUGCACUGCACCCACGCUUGAAGACUGCUAGGCCCACUAGGGCAGCACCAUCAAGAGGAAUCCAGGCAUUGAGGACUGUACUUAAUGCAUUCUCGGUAAACAACAGGAAGAAUCUAUUUGUCUACAGAGAGUCCUCAGGGAAUGUUUUCUACCUCAGGUUAAAUGAGUCAAUGUGCCAAGUGAAGCCCAUUAUCCCUAGCGACGCCCAGAGCCAGCCCGAUGAGGACGUCCUCCAAGAGUCCAUGACGUCAUCCACGCUCUCGCUGUUUUCGAGACGAACGAUCGACGCUGACGACGAGGCGCAGGAUUUUGGCCGACUCUCGGUCAUGGAGAAGGAGCGAGAUUCGGGGACCUCAAUCAAUCGUAGGAAAUCAAAACGGAGCAAGAUAGUUGGCGAGAGCGUUACGUUGAGUGUUCACGGGAUCACUCAGGCGGGUCCCGAGAUCUGCGAGGAUUUCGUGCAGGUGCUGCAAAAUCGCUUGGACGAGUGUGUCCUUGACGUCAUCUCGCUCAUGUUGGAGAGGAAUCCGAUGUGCAAACUGUCCCCGGAGGAUGUGCAGUUUAUCCAGAGACCUUUCGUAGACCCUGAUGUGACCAUCCAGUUCACCAUCCCGUCUGUGGCCCAUCCGCUCCUCGAUGCAUUGAGACACUACCUCAGACAGAACCUGCUGCAGUUCUUGCAUACGCCAAAAUUUGCCGACAACAAGGAGGAAAGUCAUUUCCAGGAUUUCAGCGGUGAGAAUCUUUGUGAAUUCCGGGAAAAUGACGUCUUUCUGUACAACAGGCCCCCAGCAUCAGGCCGAAAAGGUGUUGCAUGUAUCCACUUGUCCCUGGUAGAUGGGCAGGGGAAUCCAGUCCAGUUGAUCAGCUGCCCAAAGCCUAAGAGUGUCGCCUACAAGGAGUCCAUUGACAGUGGCUCCUUUGAUGCCAUGACGUCUACCACUAGGUAUUCAAAGGACAAUACCGGUGGUUCACCGGGGAAAUUUAAACCAGGUCCGACGGCUCUGGUUCAGUUCCGUCUAUGGGUGCGUGGCGAUGUCGACAUGGAUCAGCUCUCGGAAAAACUUCACCUCGCGCUCCGCCAUGCGACGUAUGACAUCAUUCUGGAGUACACGUACCUGACGGCACCGAUCUGCGACGUGCCUCAACAUUACCCAGCCAAGAGCACCGAAGCUGUCUUUCCUUUCUCCGCUCCUCCAUCACCGAUGAAAGCGUUAUCUAAAUCAGACGACCACCGAAGGAGCAGCAUUUUUGUAUGGAAAACAAAGUCCAAGGUGUCUGACGCAGAAGUGAAACACCCAACGACACCCACGCACAAAAAGAUGAGCACCGAUAGUAUCAAGACGCCAAAAGAUUUCUUCUCACCAGUUUCAUUUGGGAAGGAUUUGCUGGAUGCAUUCAAAGGGAGCAAGCCUUCGAGUCCUCAGACGCCAGGACCGGAUACGAGUAGCGCCACCUCACAGAAGACGUGGGCAGAUGCGGAGAUCCAGCGGAGGAGAGAGGUCGAGUGGCAGCAGACGCUUCAGAAAUAUGAAGCCGGCGAACGAGGAAGUUUGUGUAAGAUCCACACGACAGUGUUUCCGGACUGGAUUGAGUAUGGCCUCAAACUUGGUGUACCCUCUUUGACCAAAGUCUCAGGUUGUGUGCUGUCCCGAUAUUCCGUGGACUUCACACUAAAGGAAGUACAGGCCAUCGUCAACAACAUCUGCGCCGAUACGAACCUGAAAUUUUUUCGAAUGGCUGAUCAGGCUCUUAAGAGGGACUCUGCCUACCUACCGUAUAAUCCUGCUAGGGUACCUCUUCAGACAACAGAGCAUCGGAAGGAGUCAUCUUUAGACUCUCCUACAACUGUUCAUAACCGGACUCCGGGCAAAGGGCUGAUAUUCACCGGGGUGGCGAGAAAUGUACAGCAAUGGCGGGCGAGCGUAGAGUACCAGGAUGUCGAGGACGAAUCGGCUGAUUUGCCAACGCUCACUAACCCGAAAACGCACAAAAGCUAUCAGAAAUUCCAGCCGUAUGACUCAAACUCCCCGGCAGAUCGCGGAACGGAACUUAAUUCUACCGUCUUGGACAAUCGCAGAAUAUCAAUUCCCAGACAGCGCCUCCUUUUGCUUAUAGUCAGAGACAAAGAGCUGACAGUCUAUGCGUACAAUUGGGCGUCAGAUUUGUGGUCGUCAUUCGAGCGAUCGUUCAUGCAGCUUCUUCAGUGGCAGAACGCACGCUCUCAUUUACUCUCCAACAUCCUGUGUCAGAAGAUGGGCCUCUUCCAUCACAAGCCAUUUGGCGAGUUCAUGGACUGUAUUAGCAAUGGUGAAAUGGUGCAGAACCAAUUUACUCAGAACACCAACGACGUGGACCUCCUGGUCCGAUUCACCAGUCCGCCAUUACGCGAGAUAGCGACACGGAGUAACACGACGCGUCCAUCCCAAUACCCACCUGGCGUCUCCCUGGACAAGGUCCUGCACGACUGCAAACCCGCCAAGCCGGUCCAGAAGAUGGCCAACUUCCCUGAUCCGGUGUGCCGACAUGGCAUGCAGAUGUUGGAGGUCAGAGCUCAUGAGAAGAAAGAGUCGGAAAAGAGGAUGAAGAUACAGAAUUUGUACAUCUUAUGGCAACAGAGGUCGGGACACUCUCAUGUCCCCAUCGCAGCAGAUGUAAUGGACCUACUGAAGCACUCGUCACGCCUUAUCCACUACGUGACCACGCCAAUCCUCUUCAGUCCCGAGUGGAGGAAAAAGAUCUUGGCCAAACCUUCGGGCAAGAAGGAUGCAAAGGAGCAAGAAGGCCCGACAAAACAGCGGUCGCGGCACAGUUCUGGCUCCAGCAUCAAGGGAAAGGGCGGACUCGACGGCAAAGUGACGCCCUCCCCGGACUUGUCGCAGCGAUCGUCGCCGCUCGAGGACCCCUGGCAUGUCGAGUUGAGAAAUAGUAUGAUGCAGGAGUACAUACAGUAUCUACAGUCGCUCCAGUUCAUACAGGUGCAGAUGAGGCCGGCAUCUCCAAAGAGAAGCCGGCCAGCAAAAGGAGACAGGUCCGGCGACAAUAGGAUCACACGUGACAGGGACAGAGGACGUGACCAUUUCAACAUGGUCGAUUAUUCCCGCCGCAGCAACGCGGUCUUCACCCUACAGAAAACGUUUCGUAUUCCUGGCGGGAUAAUCCUCGUGGAGAUGAGCUACCGAGACAUGUAUUUCUGCGUCAAGUUGUUUGCGUAUGAAUCGGCCAGACUGCUUUUGUCGAAUAGUGGCAGUCCUCAGACGACAAUGUUUUUCACGGACGAGUGUGAUAAAUGUAAGGAUCAAAUCCACGUGCAUUCAUUCGCCCAUGACUUCCAUCUCCGUACCGUGCAGUCGUAUAUAGGCGGGAGGCAGUUCAUCUUGAAUAAAGAUUAUCACCUAUCAAACUUCAUCGAGGAUUUCAUCAGAUUUUACCCAAAUCCGCCGAGCUAUGCAAGAAACUUUGUAUUUACAGAUUCGAUUGUGAUUCAGGACACCAAGAGUCCUGCUGCCGAACUGUUUGACUACAUGCUGAAACAUGAGAAGCAGUACAACAUGAAAGCCCUCCAGAUGGUGCCUACGCCAGACCGUGACAGUGACCUGGACUCGUUCUAUUUUGUGAAGGAAAACGAGUACGCCCUCGUCUCGAUCUCGCAUCGCGAGGGCUCGUUCGAGGACGUGGAAGACUUCAAGCAGAAGAAGGACGAUUACAACGUGAGCUUGAUCAUCUAUCAGAACCAUGGUACAAGAACUGACGGGGAUAGCUGUACGUUGGCUCUCAAGUACAACAUACUUCUGACGAGUAAACGUGAUCUUUUCCCCAAGCUGCAGUUGGAGAAGAAGCUGAGCCUUUACAAGUCGCCCAGGACUAAAGUCUUCCCUGCAGAAAGUCCAUUCCAUUUCGUUGGUGCACUGAGCGGUGACAGCCAUCUUCCUGUCACACGCUACAUCGGCCUGAGGGGAGAAAGAGUCAACUACCUCGGACUGUCCAACAAUCACCAGGCCCCACUCUACACCCUCAUGGAAAAAGAGGUCAAAAAUGCAAGUUCGAGAAUCGAGAAGAUGGUCGAGAACGUGAUGGCACAGUGUCGACGCGACACGAUGUGGCAUAGGAUGCUAAUCGACGUCUGCGAGGACGACAAGAGGAAGAAGAGGUCAGAUACGGCCGAUAGCUCGGACAGGUAUCUUGGCAAGCUGUCCUUCGAAGAAUUUGAAGAGCUGCUUAGCGUUGUCGUCAAGGUGCCUCUGGACCAGGUUGACUCCCGCCUGAACCCAUUCCUCAACAUGAACAUCGCCUGGUACCAAGGUUUGAUGAAGGUGCUGAUCCACAAACACCCGGAGAUGAAGCGUUUGUUCGCCAGCCCGAAUGGACAAGUGCAAUAUCUGGUGAUACUCAAUCCAAACUACCUCGACACUCUGAUGCUUCUCUCGGUGGACACAAACAGUAAUAAAGCAGAAUUGUGCAGUGUGUUUCGAGAAGAGGCCCCUGACCAGACUUUCACACCAAACAACCCAAAUGCCAUUCUAGACACCCAGAUUCACAUCGAGAACUUGGUGAAUGCCUGCUGCUACCACAUGUGGUCAGGACUUGUAUGAUACCACAUGUGGUCAGGACUUGUAUGAUACCACAUGUGGUCGGGACUUGUAUGGUACCACAUGUGGUCAGGACUUGUAUGAUACCACAUGUUCUGGACUUGUAUGAUACCACAUGGUCUUGACUUGUAUGGUACCACAUGUGGUCAGGACUUGUAUGAUACCACAUGUUCUGGACUUGUAUGAUACCACAUGGUCUUGACUUGUAUGGUACCACAUGUGGUCAGGACUUGUAUGAUACCACAUGGUCUGGACUUGUAUGAUACCACAUGGUCUUGACUUGUAUGGUACCACAUGUGGUCAGGACUUGUAUGAUACCACAUGGUCUGGACUUGUAUGAUACCACAUGGUCUGGAUUUGUAUGGUACCACAUGUGGUCAGGACUUGUAUGAUACCACAUGGUCUGGACUUGUAUGGUACCACAUGUGGUCAGGACUUGUAUGAUACCACAUGGUCUGGACUUGUAUGGUACCACAUGCGGAAGACUGAGCAGUUUGAAGAGCUGUUCCAGAAUUGUCUAUGUUGAGGCAUAGAAGCAGAUCCCAUUUUCCUUGCUUCAAAAGGAAACAUUUAACCAUUCUGGAGUAACAAGGUUUAGUUUUACCCUCAGAUGCUUACGUUCUCUCAGGCAAAGGGAGAAAAGUCCUAUGCUGACUAUUUUAAUGGUGCUAAGCUCUCUAUCUGUCGUUAUUUUGAGAAAAAUGUUUUCAUUUGUACAUAAAUUACUGUUCAGUCAAGUAUCCAGAUUUUUCUCAGGAGUCUGACAAUCGCACCGCUAUGCCACCAAGCUUCCUGAAAAACUAAGCUUAAUUUCCUUGAAACUAAGCUUAAUUUCCCAGAAACGAUACUUAAUUUCCUGUAAAUUAAACUUAAUUUCCCAGAAACGAUACUUAAUUUCCUGUAAAUUAAACUUAAUUUCCCAGAAACGAAACUUUUCGUUGUUACCUUGACCUGAUCCUUACUGAAGUAGGUCAACUCUAUAAGUAUGUUUUUAUGUUCUAUAUUGGUUUGUAAAUUUCGAUGAAUUGCAAAUAUUUUUUUGAGGGGCUACCCCAUUAUGUGUGUAUGCAAAGGAGGGGGGUAAUGGGUCAGGGGAAUUAGCAAAAUAUGUUUUAUACCUGUAUGUAUUGAAUUUUGCAUUUUUGAAUGUUUUGAUCGAAAAUAUUUGUGUACAUAAUUAAAGGACAGCCUCGCAUCAAAGACAAUUAUGUGUGGAUGUACGAGUCAGAUGAUGUACAUGUUGAUAAAUUUCACGAACUGUAACUUGAAGUGCUUCUGUUGGACUUAGAGCAGUUUUGGUCCAAGUCAUGCUAUGAAUUACUGUAUGCAAAAAGAAAAUUGCGAACUGUUUAAUUUUUUAUGAAUUCUUGGGAAUCUCAAAAAUAGAGAGGUGCAAAAGAAUUACAAUUUGAAACACUAUUACUGUUUGAAAUAUCCAGGGCAGUCAUCUUAUUCAAAACUGUUGAACUUUUUCUUGUAGUAGUAGCCCUAUGACCUGAAUCCCUUGAGCCUCUAAAAUCCAAUUCUACAUUUGCUAAGAAAAUUAUCGUGGUGAUUUGUCAGCAUUUAAUACAUAAAU